ACAUUUCGGUUUAAAAGGUUUCCGAAUCGUGUACUGCGUCGUCUUGUGCAUUAUUAUUUCUGUUGCGCAUUGUCAAUAUCACUUAUUUCCAUAUUCCAUAUUUGUUUUGCGCCACUUUUAUUGUGUGUAAGUUCUUUUAUCGUUUAUAUCCCGGUUGUGCAUUGCCAAUAUUCUUACACCUAUAUAAAGCCAUCACCCGGCGUACCAACGGUAGUUUUUUUUUUUUGGCGCAUUACAUCUUUAGAGUUGUGUUGCCAUUUUUCAGAUCCACAUUCUGUUUAAAAUAUUUUUGCGCGUCAUUUGCAUUCUCCCUCUGUUAGCAUGGACGCUACUUCGGAAGCGCAAAUUGAUAAUCAAACGCAUAUUCUUGAUACAUCGGUUCCAGCACUACCAGGAGAUGACUCUACAACCAGCGUCGAUCUCGGUGCAGUGCUAAGUGCUGAACCCAGUAGUAUCCUUUGUGGUGAUAUCUCUAAUCGUCCACCAACACAAAUUAGUGAGCCCUCUGGCACCCUUUGCGGUGACGCUUUAAAAGAUCCAGAUGCAGCGCACCAUAUGAACGACAUAUCCAUUGCCUUGGAAAAUAUGAAUGACAAUCAUGAUCGUGCCCGGAUGUCCAAUAAUGUGUCCGGAAAUGAUAUAGUCCACCAAGAUAGUUUUGUGCAGCCCUUCUGGAUUAAUGUACCAAUUACAAACAGCUCUUCUACAGUACCAACAGUCACCAUCCGCCCACCAUCUACUAGUUUAUCACGUUUCCUAACAAGUGCUGUAGAAGCAACAACCCCCCGGUUGGUCACAUCAGUCUCUAUACCAUGCUACCGUGAUUUGUAUCCACGUGUAAUCCCAGGUGGCUUUUUAAAUUUAACCGCUCUAUAUGUACCUGAAGAGGCAGAAAUCCUGUUGAGUUUUGGGCCAAAGUAUUGCCCAAUAACUCCCCCUACCAUCCAGGACUAUUAUACAAUCUUGUGCACUGAUCAUGAUGCUUACAUAGAGGCCUGCGAAGAUCUAAGUGCUUACUGCAAGUUACAAAUGGAGGAACAUUUCACUAAGUUUCUCGAAGUUAUGGUUAAACAUCAAAAUCCUACAAGAUUCCAUCAUAUGUUAAGAUACCUGUUCCACAUAACCCUCGAUUUCUUACACAGGCACAAGGAUGUGCUAGCGGUACAGUCGGAUAACGGAAGUACAACAAUCCUAAUAUCCAAACAAAACUAUAUCUCAAAAGUGAAUGCCUGGCUUGAUUCUUACAUCGCCAGAGGUGAAUGUGUGAAAUAUUGCGAUGAUGUAGGCCAAUUGGUUCGUAAGUUGGGUGUACACUAUCAUGAAAUAUUUAAUUCAUUGUGCCGUAUCUAUAAGGAUGGAAACCCUUAUCCCCAAGGUAUUCAUAAAGAGCUAGAAGAACGCAUUAAUGAGAAGCCAACCCUUCCAUAUUUAUAUGGAACUAUAAAAACACAUAAACUCGACCAUCCUAUACACCCUAUUUGCAGUUCGAUAAAUUGGUAUACAAAUCCGUUGCAUAAGUUGUGUCAAUUCAUAUUGCAGACUACCUUAAAAGGUCGCUUAUCUUCACACAAUAUACUCGACAUAGAUCAUCUAACCGACCAUUUUCUGCAGAUUAAACCACGUCGCGGAUACGUAUUAGUGACUAUGAAAAUUAAGGAUAUAUAUACUGAUACACGCAUCACAUCGUUAUGGCGUGUUUUACAGUACUGUAUGGAGCAGUCCUGGUUCCAGAGUGCCUGUCCAAUCGAUGUCAAGUUGCUACAUCAAUUGCUGGACUACAUUCUGAAUUUGGGGAAUUAUUUUACAUUUGAUGGUAACUUAUAUCACCAAAUGGAGACGUUAUCACAAGAUGGUGAUGCCGCUGAAAUACUUGCCACUCUAUAUCUCGAUUCCCGGAUUGAGUUACACCACAGUACUUUGUUCUUGUCGCAUAGUAUUUUUGCCUGGUGGAAGUGUGUAGACAAUGUGCUGCUUUACAUGAAUCAAUCUUGCGUGUCUAGUUUUAUGCGCUUGUUUCCUCAGAUGACUGAAUAUGAUGUUUCCUAUGAAGUUGAACGUUUAGAUGCUAAUGUCGGGUGUCAUCCCUUCGUGACAUAUCUGGAUUAUCGGAUAAUGCGCACAUCAUCUUCCUUCCUCUUAUCCGUUCAUCAUAAGCCUUCAGAGUCGCUGCGUACGGUGCAUUUCACCUCCCAUGUAUCCACUGCAAUUAAACGUAACGCCAUAAUUUCUCAUUUACGUAAAGUGCUAUUUCGGACCAGCGAUGCUUUUGUACAUACCGAUCUUUUGCAUUACAAGACCCUUUAUCUGGUUAAUGGGUAUCCGCAUGACUUUAUAAAAACCGAAAUGAGAAAUAUGAUUAUGGGGUGGAUCGCCAGAUCGCAGAAUACAGGGCAGCCACUCACCAGAGAUCGUGAAGCUUUACUACAUCAUUUUCUACAGUCUUACCAUCAGCCUAAGGUAUAGUAACAAAUGUCUAUGUCUGUCUCCAUGUAUUCGACCCACACCUUUCGUGUCAGUAUCGUCAUAAUAAUAAUAAGUUAUAAUAAUAAUAUUAAUAUU